CGGUCUCCAUUUAUGUGCAGCACCAGUUUACAAUAAUUGCGUGUCCAGCAAGGUUAGUCACUCUCACCUGCAGUUUCCCUACAGUUUUUCUCAAAGCUCUCUCCCUCCGUUUCCCUAUGCGCUCUCCUCUCCUCUACUCUCCUCUCUCCAAUAAUGUCCAUUUCGCCCUCUAAACUGCUCGGAGCUUCAUCCGCCGCAGAGCCGCCGCGAUUCAGUGAUGAUAUUGACAGUGCUUGUUCCACUCCCUUCGUCAGUGCUCCAUCUAGCCCCGGCCAUGGUCCUCCUUGCGGCUACUUCUUCAGUGCUCCGGCCAGUCCUACGCAUUUCAUUCUAACUGAAAAAAAUCAAACACAGGUGUACGAUUAUGAGCCGGUGUUUUUGUCAUCCGACUCUGGCUCAUUUGAGUUCGAGUUCUCUUCCAGGUUUUCUCCUAAUGGAUCCGGUGGAAUUGGCUCCAUGACGUCUGCUGAUGAGUUGUUCUUCAAUGGUCAAAUCCGACCUAUGAAGCUAUCUUCUCAUUUGCAGAGACGUCAGGAAGCUGUUGCACCAUAUAUAGAUCUGUAUGGCGUGGAUUCGGAGGAUGCAGCAAAUGAAAGAGGUAGGGGUUCGAGGUUGAGAAAUGUUAAGUACUCUCACCGUAAAGCCAGAUCUAUGUCGCCAUUACGCUUCAAUUCAGAGUACGAAUGGCAAGGUUUGAGAGCCAUCGCUGUGGAUGAGGAAAACGAAACGAAAGAAAUUGAAUCAAGCGAAACGACUCCGUCAUGCUCAGCAUCAUCUUCACGGUCUUCAUCUUCAGGGAGAAAUUCGAGAAAAUGGAUGUUUCUGAAGGAUCUUCUUAACAGGAGCAAAAGCGAGGGAGGAAGAGCCAAUAAAAAGGAGAGAUUAUGGUCGGCGAUUUCCUUCUCUUCAAUUAAGGAUAAGAAACCACCGGCGUCGUCUUCGUCGCCUGCUUUAUCGCCGUCAUCCUCACGCGAUGAGAAGAGAAGCAGAAGCGACGCAAGGAAAGGUCCGCGAGCGGCCAGAAAACCUGCGAACGGAGUGUGGAAACGGCGAGUUCCGCCGUCUGCUCAUGAGUUGCUUUACACCGCCAACAGAGCUCAAGCAGAGGAGAUGAAGAAGAAGACAUUUCUACCCUACAGGCAAGGGUUGUUUGGAUGCUUAGGAUUCACCUCCAAGAGUUACGGAGCUUUCAGUGGAUUUGCCAGAAAUCUGAGUCCAAUUUCUUCCAGGAGCUGUUGAAUAUACCACCGGAGACGAUGAUGUUGCUCAUCAUCUAACUGGAUUAUUACCAUUUUCCAUGAUCGUUUUUCGGUGAUCUACCUAUUUUUCCUCCCUUUAAUUUUGGUGGUUUGAAACAAGGGAAUGGUCUGUAAUUUCUAAAGUUUCACUGCUUUGCCUCUGUAAAAUGCAAAAAAUGUUUUGGACUUGAUUGACAAUAAUAAUAUCUCUAUCUAUC